AUGAGCUUGUUCAACGUUAACUUCAACGAGCUCCGCCCCUCAAACACCACCACCAUCAUCGGUGUCAUGUAUGAUGAUGGUAUCAUUCUUGGUUCCACAGACGCAAUCACACAACUCAAUGUUAAUGUUCUCUUAUGUCAUUGUGUGCAUGAAACGGAAAUCUUACUAGAAGAUGCACGAAACUUUAUUGUUGAUCAAGAAAAUAUUAAGGUCACAGCUGAGAUAAUAGGAACGAUGUUAUCUGCAUUUAAGCCCGUGAUGAAUAAUAUGCUACAAACUAGAGUUAUUAUUGGUGGAGGGAAAAAAUUAUAUGAGAUAAGUGAAGUUGGAAUUGUUAUGGAAAAGUUAAAUUUUGCUGUAGGAGGGUAUGGAGUUGCAUAUUUGAAUAAUUUCUUGGAUAAAAAAUGGAAAAAAGGGAUGAACGAAGAACAAGCUGAGAAAUUGGUGUUAAAGAUAUUAUCGUUAGAUAUUUCAUUAGGUGGAGUUCGUAGUUGUGGAAUUCAGACUGCAAGUAUUAAUUCAAAAGGUGUCACAAGAGCGUUUCAUCCUCAUAACACACUUUCAAAUAGAGGAAGAGAUCUUGUCAAAUACGUACCUGCACGUUCAGUCUAUUUGCAUCAACGUCAAUAA